GGGGGUUGUUUGUCCCCUAUUACACGGGGCAGGUGAUCGACAUCCUGGGCUCCCAGUACGACCAGCGCAUCUUCCUCUUCGCCAUCUUCUGCAUGUGUGCCACAUCCAUGGGAAGUUCCAUUGCAGCCGGUGUGCGCGGAGGCCUCUUCAUGUUCACCAUGUCCAGGCUCAACAAACGCAUCCGUAGUCAGCUCUUCUCCUCCCUGGUGCAGCAGGAGAUCGCAUUCUUUGAUGCCACCAAGACUGGGGACAUCACCAGCCGCCUCUCCACGGACACCGCACUCAUGAGCCGCUCGGUUGCAGCCAAUGCCAACAUCUUGUUGCGCAGUCUGGUGAACACGCUGGGAAUCAUUUACUUCAUGUUCAGCCUCUCCUGGAAGCUCACCCUCCUGAUCUUCAUCGAAUCUCCCCUCACCAUCCUGAUUCAGAAGAUGUAUAACCGGUAUCAUAUGAGGCUGGUGCUGCAAGUUCAGGAUUCGAUUGCUAGGUCGAACCAGCUGGCCGGUGAGAUCGUUUCCUCCAUAAAAACCGUCAGGAGCUUCGCGGCCGAGGACCUGGAGUCAGAGCUGUUUGAGAAGAAGCUGCAGGAAACGCACCAGCUGAAGAACAAACGUGACCUGGUCACAGCCGUCUACCUCCUGUGUCACAGGCUAGCACAGCUCCUGACGCAAGUGGUCAUGCUGUACUGCGGGCAGUUGCUGGUGAGCGAUGGGCAGAUGACCAGCGGAAACCUCAUCGCCUUCAUCCUCUACCAGAUGAACUUUGGGGACUAUGUGCGGACUCUGAUCCACAUGUGGUCGGAAAUGACCCAUUCUGUGGGAGCAGCGGAGAAAGUCUUUGAAUACCUCGACCGUAAGCCCAGUGUUCGCACUGACGGGACAUUGGUACCAGAAUCUCUGCAGGGUCACCUGGAGUUCAAGGACGUGACUUUCUCCUACCCAGCGAAGCCCGACAUCCAGGUUUUACAGGACGUGUCGUUUGAGGUGCGGGCCGGGGAGGUGACGGCCCUGGUGGGACCCUCGGGAGGGGGGAAGACCACCUGCGUCAGCCUCCUGCAACGUUUCUACGAGCCUCAGUCCGGCCACAUCCUGCUGGACGGGCGGCCCAUCAAGGAGUACGAGCACAAGUACUACCACAGCAAGGUGGCGCUCGUGGGUCAGGAGCCGACACUUUUUGCCCUAUCGGUGCGGGACAACAUCCGCUACGGGCUGGAUCACUGCCCGCAGGCAGACGUGGCAGCUGCUGCCCAGAGUGCCAGCGCACGGGACUUCAUCGAGAGGAUGGACCAGGGCUUCGACACAGAUGUGGGUGAGGCCGGCGGACAGAUCUCGGCGGGACAGAAGCAGCGGAUCGCCAUCGCCCGCGCCCUGGUCCGGCAGCCGCGGAUUCUGGUCCUGGACGAGGCCACCAGCUCAUUGGACACACACACCGAGCUAUCGAUCCAGCAGGCCCUGGCCCGUGAGCCGGCGGCCGCAGCGUUGGUGAUCGCCCAUCGGCUGAAGACAGUGCAGCGGGCGGACAGGAUCGUGGUGUUGGAGGGCGGCCGUGUGGUGGAACGGGGCACUCACUCUCAGCUGAUGGAGCUCGGCGGCUGCUACUCCCGCAUGGUGCUGCGGCAGUUCACCAAUGGAGAGCAGGGAGCGGCCGGGGGAGAGUAGGGGUCGGGACACGG